AAGUUACUAACUCAUCAUGAAGAAUCUGCUUAUGAAAUUUUGCUCUACUACAACACCUCUAUAUGGCUCAUAUGCACUAGAUAUUUGGAUCGCCGGCAGAACCAACAUUAUAUGAGGUCCUAGCGUAAACAGUUCUUUUUUGAAAUUUUCAAUAAAACAAAUAGAAAGUUGGUCUAUCUUGGUACGAAUUUAUCACAACCACAUAUUCAGAUAGACUACAAAAACCUAUUUGGUAAAAAAAUUAUCCCAAAAACUUAAUAAGACCGGUGGCCUGAAAUAAUAAAUGUUUGCACAUAAUAUGGAGCCACAUCUAAGUGCAUUAACCCUUAUCCGCAUACUGGUUACCUAUAUGGCUAUAUGUUCAAUAUUGAGAGAAAAAUGUGGAGCUUUGAAAUCUCAAUAAUGGCUAUUAAGUUGAAGUUGAAACUAUUAUAAUACAUCACUACACCAUGUGAAUAGCUCGAUAGAAAAAAAAACGUGAAGUGGAACAGGAUUACAGGAAUAAGGGAGAUUUUUUUUUUUGGGCAAAGGGAUAAGGGAGAUUAAGUUGUAACAAACAAGACGUUGGUCUCGUGAGAAAGUAUGGCUAGAAGCUUACCCAAAUAAACAGUAUAUUUUUGUACUUAGCGCUAAUGAGAGAAACUGAGAAGAGAAAAUAAUUAAAUAGUUGAAAGCUAGGAUACUCUUGUUAAAAGAAACACAGCCCACACCCUCCCUCCAUGCACUUGUCUCUUCUUCAUCUUCUCUCUCUUCAUAAAUUUUCAUUAUAAAAACACAUCCACUUUGCUCUUCCCUCUUCAACACAAUUUUCAUCUUCUCCACUCUCAUUCUCUUUCUCUCUCUGACACGUAACUAACUAUCCUUCCUGGAUUCCUAUCUUCUCCGCACACACACAUACAAAACACAAAGACACUUAAUAUACAUUGAGAAAGAAGAUGUCGAGCAGAAGAUCAUCACGUUCAAGACAGUCAUCAGGGAGCUCAAGAAUCUCUGACGAUCAGAUUUCUGAUCUUGUAACAAGGCUCCAACACCUUAUCCCUGAACUCCGCCGCCGCCGUUCUGACAAGGUGUCAGCAUCUACGGUACUACAAGAGACGUGCAACUACAUCAGGAACUUGCACAGAGAGGUUGAUGAUCUAAGUGACCGUUUGUCGGAACUCUUGGCUACGACGGACGACAACAGCGCGGAAGCAGCCAUCAUUAGGAGCUUGCUUAAUUACUAAUAUUCUCAUAAAUUAUCUGAGAACUAUUAUAAAUCAUCUAUUGUCGCCAGGAAAUUUAUCUUAUUAUGAUUAUGAGUAUUUUGUUGCCUUCUACUUCAAAUGUUAUGAUAUAUUAUAGGCCAACUCAUAUAUUAUAUAUAAUACAUGGUUUAUGUAUAUAUGUGUAUAGAUCUUAAUUCUAUGCGCGCGAGGAUAGUAGUCUGUGUAUCACGAGCCUCUUAUAUUUAUGAUUAAUGACAGUGCAUUUCCUUAAGA